AGUCCGGCGCUGCUGCAAUUUGUAUUGAAACUCCAGCCGCUUUCUAUGGAAUCGUUAACGACUCCAGACUCCCACCAACGAGCGCCCCUUCUGCAGUACUACAGUCUCCACCAUUAGCUGCCUCUUGCCUCAAGAGAUUUGAUAAAGAACACCCACUACAGAUAAUUUCAUUUGUGGCUACUUGGAGCUUUUGACAGGUGAGUUAAGUGAAGUUCAACGCUUAACAUCUGAGAAAGUAUGUGCGUUAAACAUGGGCAUGCUAUUAAAUUCGGUUCCUUAUCAUGUCGCAGGUGGUCUUUACGCGUAAUCUCCGCUUGAAUGUAUACAUAUUCUGUAGUUAGAAUACAUGUCUCAAUGAUUAUUGUAGACUAUAGUAAAUAUACAUUUGAAAUUAAAUGAUUACUCUCAUGCAUAAAGAUUGUUUUACUCAAUGGCUUUCGCCCUAUACCGCAAUAUCCAUAAAAUAUACAUUCUGAUAGCUUUUAUCUUCUUUCUGCAUUGACGAUUGAGUUGGGUAAUGUGGAAUAUAUUGUAAAUAUAAAAACAAGAAAAUCGAUAUGGUCAUUAAAGGCCAUGUUUAAUGUUUCUAUUCCUCUUAAAUCGUAAGUUGUGUGUAAUGUUUCGUGAGGACAAAAAAACAAGCGAGAAAGCCCAUGCGUUAAUUACGCAGCGUAGAUCUGGGUUGUCGUUUACAAGAAGUGUAAAAUGAUAGGCUAUGGAUGAUGAUUCAACCUUCACGUAUCUUUCCUCUUCAAGCAUGGCCAGAUCGGUGCGUAUCCUCUGUGGCAUGGUUUUCAUCCUGGGGCUGCUGUCAUCUCCAGUGGAUUCCAAAAGGAACAGGGGCUCCCAAGGCGCCAUCCCUCAUCCUGACAAAAACAACCCAAACGAAUCGGAGCAGCAACCACAGACACCGCAGGCGGGCUCUGGUUCCCGAGGGCGGGGAAAGAGCUCUGCUGCACCAGCUGAGGAGGUGCUGGAGUCCAGCCAAGAAGCGUUGCAUGUCACGGAGCGCCGCUAUCUGAAACGCGACUGGUGCAAGACCCAGCCACUCAAACAGACCAUCCACGAGGAGGGCUGCAUCAGCCGCACCAUCAUUAACAGGUUCUGCUACGGACAGUGUAAUUCUUUUUACAUCCCCAGACAUGUCCGCAGGGAAGAGGGAGCCUUCCAGUCUUGUUCAUUCUGCAAGCCGAAACGAUUUACAACCAUGACCUACACUUUGAACUGUCCGGACCAGCAGCCGCCCACCAAGAAGAAGCGCAUCCAGCGCGUAAAGCAGUGCCGCUGCAUCUCCAUAGAAUUGGACUAGCCCUGGGAUGCAGCCAAUUAGUCUCCUCAUCAAACAGCAAUUGGAUUGCUCACAUGAAGGAAAAAAACCUUAUGACUGACUGGGAGCAUAUUUCCCUCUUCCAAAUAUGGGAAAAUGUUCAAUCUGCAAGGAACGUAAUAUAUUACAAACAUGUGCAUCCUACAUUAUAGGCUUCUGUAGAUAGGCCUAUUGGACAUACUAUUUUGUAAACAAAGCCUGCUGUACCAUAUACUUUUAUGUGUCACAUUUUUUAUUAAUCAAAUUGCAAUAGCAGCCUGUGGCAAGCAACGUUACAUGGCAUAAUAACAUGGAAUGAACACAACAAGCUGCCGAGUGACUUGUAACCAAGCGCACGGCUUUUCCAACCUCCGCAAAUAGGACUGCAGAACAUUUUCACAGAGGAUGUUUACACUCUUUUGGACAGCAACAGCAUUAGGCAAUCACAACAAAUUUCAAUGGAGGGGAAUAUGAUGGACAAUGCAUUUAAAUAAUGGUUGAAGACUAGAUAGUUUCCACUAUGUGGAAUUUGAAGAUAAGUGACGACUAUUUAAUGUGGCAAGAAUGCUCCACUGAUUUAUGUGACUCCAAUGUUCAGUAUAGCCUAGUGGAGAAAAUAGAGCUUUUGUAAAGUAUGCUAGGCCUAUACCUAUGUUCGAUGCUAUAAAUCGAAACAAACACAAUGUUUGUAUUAGUUUGACAUUGAAAUAAAAAUGUUCGAUUAUGAACACCUGCUCUUUCCAU